AAAUACAAUAAAAUACAUUAAAUAAAAGACUGAAAAACCAUUGAUCAUUAAUAAAACUUAAAAACCUUAAAUUCUUGUCUUUUUAAAUUAUUUUUAUUUUGUUUUUAAAAAUGUUUGUCUUUGUCUGAGUGUGCCUGCGUGCAUCAAUAUAUUCCUAUUUAGGAAUGUUUCAACAUUACCAUCGUUCCCAGGGUUCUACCCUUUGACUUAAGAUUAGAUGGGUCGUGCUAUUCUAAGAGAGAAAGAUGUUGAAUUUGAUAUUGAAAGUGGUGAGAACACAAGUGAAGAAGAUACAAGCAAUGAUGAGAGAGAUUCAAUGAAUGGUUUUCCUUGGUCAUUGAAUGGUGUUUUGAAUUUAGAUGGAUCAGAAAAGGGUAAAAAUGGAAUUGAAUCAUGUAGUAGUUCUUCAAAUUCUUGUGAUGUUUUGGUUGUUGGUGAUUGUAGUUUAGAAUUGUUGGUGGAUAAAGGUUUAGAACAUGUUAAUGGAAAACAGAAGAUUAAGUUUACUAACCCAAGAAAGCCUCAAAAACCACCUUUGCCUCCUAAAGGUCCAUCUUUGGAUGCUGGUGAUCACAAGUAUAUGAAGGAAUUAGCGGAACUUGCGUUGAGGAAGCGUGCGAGGAUUAAGAAAAUGAAAGAAGUUCAAAAGAUGAAAGCAAGCAAAUCAUCGUCGUCUUCAAUAUAUACAAAUCUUUCUGCUAUGGUCAUCACUAUUUUUUUCUUACUUGUCAUCAUACUCCACGCUAAGACUCUUUUUGCAGGAAUCAGAUCUUCGAGUAGUACGGAUAUUGGGUUAACAGCUUCCCCAGAGACAGCGGUUGUAGCUGGCAAAGGUUUAAUUUCAGUUCAGUUUCCUACAAACUUCAACACCAGUGGUGGAGAUGAACCCGGUUCUCAAUUCCCAAGUUUGCAGGAAGGAUGAUUUGGAAAUUUUGACGAUUAUUUUCAUCGCAAUGUGAGUUUAGGCUAUUUUUCAUUAGUUUGAUUUGUAUGUGCUUUUGUACAGCCAUUAGGAACCUCAGUUAGUUGUCAAGUUUGCUUGUAUAGUGACUUGUUUGAUAAUUUUGGCAAUGUUUUAGAAAAAGGACUUUUGCUUAGGUUGUUUUGUCUUUGUUGACUUAACAUGUUGAGGUCUUUAUAUUUUUCAUCCACCUUGGUGAUGAUAACAUUGUUGAAAAGCCCACAUUUGUUA